AGUCCCGGCGCCCAGACGCGGCGAAGCGCGGCGCCCGCCACCCGCGCUGCCCGGCUCCGUCUCGCCGCCGCCCGGGGGCACUGGCGCGGGCAAGGACGCCGGAGGGGACUGCGCCUCUGGGUUCGGCGUACCUCGGACCCCGGUGUUGCGAGCAGCGGUGUUUUGAGAAAGCUCGGGAGAAAAAGGAGCGGGUUCCGAGUGAGACUUCUGGAGCCAGCGGGACACCUCAGCUCGCCGCGUGCGACUCGGCUGCACGCACCGUCCACAAGGAAUUCUCCCUUCAGAAGAAAUGCUGUGGCCCUUCCCUUUACUCACAGAAAAUGGAGCACAAAAGACUACACAUCUGAGGAAAUUAUAGCCUAGUCACAAAUGAGAGGCAAUCGAGGCGGCAUAGUUUCCAGCUAAAGGAAAAUCACCAACUGCUUCUCCACAGUGUAGACUGGAAGGGGGGGAAACAUGAACAUCACAAACUGCACCACAGAAGCCAGCGGGGCCGUGAGACCCAAGACCAUCACGGAGAAGAUGCUCAUCUGCAUGACUCUGGUGAUCAUCACCACCCUGACCAUGCUGCUGAACUCGGCCGUGAUCAUGGCCAUCUGCACUACCAAGAAGCUCCACCAGCCUGCGAACUACCUGAUCUGUUCUCUGGCCGUGACGGACCUGCUGGUGGCGGUGCUCGUCAUGCCCCUGAGCAUCAUGUACAUUGUCAUGGACAGCUGGAAGCUCGGGUACUUCAUCUGUGAGGUGUGGCUGAGUGUGGACAUGACCUGCUGCACCUGCUCCAUCCUGCAUCUCUGUGUCAUUGCCCUGGACAGGUACUGGGCCAUCACCAACGCCAUCGAAUACGCCAGGAAGAGGACAGCCAAGAGGGCCGCACUGAUGAUCCUCACCGUCUGGACCAUCUCCAUCUUCAUCUCCAUGCCCCCUCUGUUCUGGAGGAGCCACCGCCGCCUCAGCCCACCCCUCAGUCAGUGCACCAUCCAGCACGACCACGUCAUCUACACCAUUUACUCCACGCUGGGGGCAUUUUACAUCCCCUUGACUUUGAUACUGAUUCUCUAUUACCGGAUUUACCACGCAGCCAAGAGCCUUUACCAGAAAAGGGGAUCAAGCCGGCACUUAAGCAACAGAAGCACAGAUAGCCAGAAUUCUUUUGCGAGUUGUAAACUUACACAGACCUUCUGUGUGUCUGACUUCUCCACCUCGGACCCUACCACAGAGUUUGAGAAGAUCCACGCCUCCGUCAGGAUCCCUCCCUUCGACAAUGACCUAGAGCACCCCGGGGAACGCCAGCAAAUCUCUAGCACGAGGGAACGCAAGGCAGCGCGCAUCCUGGGGCUGAUCUUGGGUGCGUUCAUUCUGUCCUGGCUGCCGUUUUUCAUCAAGGAGUUGAUUGUAGGUCUGAGCAUCUACACCGUGUCCUCGGAAGUGGCUGAUUUUCUGACGUGGCUUGGUUAUGUUAAUUCUCUGAUCAACCCUCUGCUCUAUACGAGUUUUAAUGAAGACUUCAAGCUGGCUUUUAAAAAGCUCAUUAAGUGCCGAGAGCAUACUUAGACUGUAAAAAGCCAAAAGGCGUGACUUUUACUAGAGCCUCGUGAGUAGACGAGGGUAAGGGAUGCAACUUAUUAACUCUUGAACAUGCUUGGUUCAGGAGCAUUUGUAAGUAUGUGUGGUCUUGUUUUUGUUUUUGUUUUGUUUUGGUUUUGUAUGUUUGGUUCUAUUUUGUUUGAGGCUUGUUGUUUGGUGUGCUGUUUCUACCUCUCGUCCGAUCUGUGGUACCUAAUUUCCAAUAAACAUUAUCGUAC